AAGCCGUAUCUUCUUUAUGAGCAAUUUCACGUCGAUACAAGUGUGCUUUCGCUGAUGUCCGUUCAGAUACAGUAUCGGAAACGGGGUGUGUGAAACAAUGUGAAAAGUACACGGCUCUUAGUCAUGGUCUUUUCCAGAUAAGCAAGCCGAAAACGACAGGACUAACAGUCCAUGUUAGUGCAUACAAAGAGCUGGCCAGGGAAUUUGUCUCCCGAUUACGCACUUCCCAACCAGUGCUGCAAGUCAUUCCGGCGGGAGUAUUGUUCUGGAUUAUUGUUCAGUUUUCCUUCUGGCUGUGCCUUAAGUGUCCUAGCAUUCGCAUGCAGAAGAGAAUGCGAUACUUUUCGCUAAUAGGAAUGUUUCUUUGGCAUUCUGAUUUCCUAUUUCUAGCGUAAAUGAGAUAUGCAAUUGAAGUUGAGGGGUGGUGCUCACUCGCCUGUUUUGCGUCACUAUUUCAGCCUCAAAGAGACUUUCAGGAAACAGGAGGAGCACCGAAGUCGAUGCUGGUUGGUUUCAUGCAUUGUCCAUCUUAUGCUGUGUGGCUUUUUUUUCUGAAAUGCGUGCUCGCAUCAAAUACGCUUUCCCUAGAUCUUUUAUACUUGUGGCGACCCGAAUUAAUCCGUCUUACGCUGUUUUAGGCAAAAUUGGAAGGAUUUCCUCGAGACCUCUUCCCGUUCCAUUAGCUGCUCCUCCGACAACUCCAGGUCUGACUUGCAAAAUGGCUAGAUUUCUUAUGAUACAAUACGUGCAGUACAUUUUUUGAGGCGUCUUCAUCAUUUACCAAUUUCGAUUUGCUCUUUUCCUAUUGCCUUAUUUCUUCAUUUAUGUACUAUAGCGCAUUUCUUGGUCAAUGUCAUUAAAGUGAAAUGAACUCGACAAACUAUAACAGCACUAACUUCCACCUGACCGUUUUAGCUAAGUGAGGCAGCUGCUACCGCAACCAUAUCUGUCCCUACUGUUCAUACUACUAAUACUACUACUACUACCACUACUACUACUACUACUGACAGUCCGACGGCCGUUUUCGACGAUGUCCACCAUGUGCGCCACGGUAGGAUGAGAGCAGGGUCGCUGACUUGGGCGUGUUAAUUAUUAGUGAUCGUAGGCUUGCGCAGCACCUUCCUCGCUCUCCCAUCCUCACCCUCCACAUUGGCUCGGUGUCAAGAUGGCCGGCGGCGAGGAAGGAUAUAGGUGGCUGAGACGGCGAAAAUUCGCAUCUUGGUGGACCACUACACUCUGUGGUACGCAAUGUAAACUGACCAGUAUCUUACAUCGAGAAAAGAAGGUGGGACAGCCCGGAUAACAACUACGCGGUGUUGGCCUAUACCUGGGCGGGCUGGCACGCUUCCACUGUUGGCUCUCGUCAUGGGCACGCAUUCCCGAUAACGCCUGCCGGACUUCGAUCUAGCCCCCCGCCCGCGUUGGUCCAGCGCAUCUACUGCGUGGGCCGUAUUAGGGACAAGCUACUACUACUGCCACCAAUAUCAUUUCGACGGACGCCGUUGCUACCGCUGUUACUGUUACCACAAACACGGUCGCCUUAAAAUUACGUUGCUUUCGGUCAAGGCUGAUCGGAGGUCUGCCUGACUAUGUUAAGAUUUGUAGGUCACAGUAGUGUAUGUAAGCAGAUGUUGCUGCAUGCCUCGACUAUAAGUCGAAAACGCUCCAAACUGACAGAUUUGGAACUGCACCACCAGUCACAGUGGGGUCACCUUCUCUUUCCUGCCCGAUUUCUUUCCCUAUUAGAGUUUUGCAGCUUCAAUACAGUUUCAUGUGACGUUAAGAGAUCCUUUCUAUUCCCGUUAGUGGUAUUAUGUUUUUAAAACAUAAUGAUACUAUAGUAGGGAACACUGACACCAAGGAAUGAGUAUUGUAUCAGUACUCUCACACUCUGUUGUCCUCCACUGCAUAUCCACAGCCAUUUCCAUGGGGGCUGAACCAACGAAAACCGACGCCAGUGGUGAUGAUGAGGGAUCGAAUGUUACCUCAGGCGGACCCUUACCCUGUCUUACUGCCGGACGCCCGAAACCGGCCAGGAAGACUGUAUCGCACAAAAUUUUCGUUUCCAACGACGGUGAGCGUAUCUCUGGCCCUGUGACCAGUGAGGGACUUUAUGACGUACCAGAACCAGCAGUCGCACCCUCACAGAACGCCGAAGAGUACGCUUAUUUCUUGUCUUUUUUGUGCUAAAACAGCCUCCUUUCCGUUUUUUUUAGUUAACUUACCUUUUUGUCUGCCUACCUACACGGUAAGGCGUGAUUCAAUCAACUUACACCACAGACUGUUGCGAUUGAUGACCGCAUCGGAGCCUUAAUAUCCAGCCCAUAUUCUGCUCCUUUGACGUCUCGUCCUGCGAAAACAGCUUAAAGGAACAAGGGACAGGCUGGUUUACGGAGGCGUGGACCGUUAGACAUGUGUUAACUUUAGUUAUCCAGACACAGCUGGUUCCACUACUAAUAAAAUCGUCCCUGCGGGAGGUGCAGUAUAGUAGGGUCCUUGGCUUCCACCUGUCAAUGCCGACUUUAUGACCAGUCGAUAGUAUUCCUACCUAACGACGAAAACAGUUGACUUUCUUAAACGUUGCUCUAUGCUGUUAUUCACUAAUGUAUCCUGACCGCGGAAAGAGAAUCAACAGGUCUGUUUUAUUUUUAGCUCCUGUUCUAGAGCCCACUCAGGCCGUUGCACAGCAACGAGCAAUCAAAAACCGCAUAAAUCCUACCGCCAAACCAACGAAGCAUUAGAAUGACCACUUCCAGCCUAUUUGCCUUUAUCAGUCAUUCCCUGUCAGAUGGCUUUAAGCAAAUUUUGAUCAGAAAUGUGACAAAGUUACCACACCAAGUUAGCGGAAACUACUAAGAGCAGACAGUAGUCAUGAGAGGGGGCUUUUCUGUGACUACUAAAUUAUUUAAAGCGAAUCAGAUGGUGAUAGAAGGUAAAAGCAUUACUUAUAAUAUCCACUCUUGACUGAAGAUAAUGGAGUAAGUUCCGAGGCUCCAGUUUAAUUUCAAGGCAUUUAUGACUGCUUUAUCGUCAGGAGAAACUUACCUGUAGAACCAGGUCUCGUGAGCAUUUUAAUAUGAAUACUUCACUGGUUAGUACAUGCAUUGUAAAAACUUGAUUGCCCAAGUUUACGAUUUUUGUAGGGCCUGCCUAUUUACCUCAGUUCCGGAAUUUCUAAUAAAAUGAGUAAACACCCAUUAGUAAUUCAUACUGUAGUUCGUCAAAUGUUGACAGUUUGCAACAAAUUGGGGCUGUUGUAUAGGCACUCUCCGGCGUCGGUGGAUGUGCACCUCCUCUUAAUGAGAUUCUUGUAUCACUACAAGUUUUGCGCCUGCCGCUCUGUUGGAGUACUUUAUUUGGCGGGAAUACAGUGUCGCAACACUUAGAAUUGUCUAUUACCCCACUAGCCUGUCUUACGGGCGGACUACUACUACUACUACUACCACUACUACUACUACCACUACUACUGCUACUACUACCACUACUACCGCUGUUACUACUAAUACUACUACCACUGGCGGGAAUACAGUGUCGCAACACUGAAGAAAACUUUUUCCCCCGUCUACCACCACUGAUACGGCGAAUACUACUAAUAAUCCUACUAUUAGUACUACUACUACCACCGCCACCACGGCUGCCAAUGCUACUCUACCAACGCUUACAGUAUGGGUAACUAACUGCAAUAAUACUAGCAUCAGUAACGGAGUGUUGCGACACCGGUAUCCAACCCUUUAUUUUAUACAUCAGGAGUGGGGUUCACUAGCCGAUGUGACUUAACGGAUUUGAGCGAGGCUGGGGCUUUUGAUGUGCUAUACCUUCGUCAGUUCCCAUGAACUUUUAUGACCUCCAGAAGUUAAAUCAUUCUUCGGCGUCCGCAAAAACCGACGCAUCCUGAUGUCCACUAGCAGACCGGAUGUCAAGUAUACAAGCCAGUAUCUUUCAACAAAAAUAAAAUCCUUGCAGUCCCCUUGGACGUGCAUACUGUCAGAGAGGCAGGCACGCAAGUUCUGACGAUGCGCAUCCUCCCUACUAACGAUAAUGUCAUUAGCUGUUUGCUGGAAAUCCGGUUGUCUGGAAACAAAGUUUCCGUUUGGGGCAUUAUUAAUCAUUUCUACUUGAACAGGGUGUGCUGUAUCUUCGGAGAAUAUGGUGUCACUCCCCCUUUACAGCAAAAGGCAAACCGAGGGUUAAUGACAAAGGACCCUGCCCCCUUCCACAUGACCGACGUCAGGCUAAUAAUGCUCCUGUUCCAGCGAUCGUGUCUCCUUCGAGACUACUUCCUGGAACUCGCCUCUUCGCUUCUUUUUACAUGACCCACCCUUGGCUAAAAGAAACACAAUAACAGACAUAAGCAUACUUUUACCAGCUAGCAUAGGCAGUCGAUUCUCUGGAGCGAAUCAUCCCCAAAGUUGUGCAACUGCAUACAGACCAAUGGGUAGUGUUAGCCAAGGGAAAGGCGGACGGUAACGUAUGUAGCUAUACCUAAUAGUUGUUGUAAAAAGUGUCUACUUUUUUAUUUAGGUAGGUAUGUUCUGGACAAAGUUAACAUCACUGUAACGGUGAUAUUAGCAGUAAGGGAAGGAGUAAGGACAUUAGACAUGGGGUAAGUGUUGGGGUUUUAAGAUUUAGAUAAAAGUUUCAAGACUGUGGUCAACUUUGGGGCUAAUAUUCAAAGGUCAGAGUCAGCGUCAGGAGCUCCUGCUCAAUGGCUUCACAGUAUAUGAAAUUACUCCCUCACCCUCCUCCUGGGCAUAGUCGACUGUUUUGUUUACCUCUCUUCCGCUAUUGACCGACCUGUGACAGAAGGAGAUAACCUCGCACCUUUUCUGUCACCGAUGAGAGUGUCUGUGGUGUUGACGUGAAUUCCCAAAUUAGACAAUGAUCUGAUGCGUGAGGCCAUGGUCAAAGCCGUCCUUCACGACUGCUGCGAAAGGUGACCUCCAUGAGUAUUUGGCCCGAGGUAUUUGAUACGUAGGAUCGCCAGAGAACGCUGCGGUUUUGGUUCACGAACUCUGUCUCGAACGCCGAACUCCACCACCGAUCUGGGACACCUCUAGAUCGUGUUCCAGCAAGAGGCGUCCUUCCCUAAUGUUUCAGUAACGUAAUCCGUCGACCUAAACGCGAACCCAUCCAUGAUGUCAUCUUUCCGACACCCUGCCUGAUAUGGCCCUCCCGACCGGGUGAUUAGCUGGAAGGGUGGACGGGCGUGGCUAAGUCAGGCCUAGAGGGGAUGUUGGACCCGAAUACUUUCGGAUAUCCGGGAUGAAAGUCCACCCUAACAAGGAUCGCUGUGGUUCUGGUCAUCGGCCGUAGUAUAAUGGGCGCACUGGCUUGUGGCGUCGUGAACUCUAGAGCCAGCCAAAUCAGCAACGGUGCUGACCGAUGCGCCCACAAGCAAGUUUUACGCCCUCAUUGCAAGUAAUGCCCAAUUUCCUCUAUUCUAGAUUUAAGAAGCUGACCAGCUUAACCACCUAGCCUGCUGAUAACUUUUUCCUUGACGUACGAAUCUGCAGCAACAGCCAGAAAUCCGGUGUGUUUUGACCACUUAGCGCCGGAUACACUUAUACUGUCUCAUACCUGUCUGGGAUCCCUUACAGGCCACCAGCCGAGGAGGUCGUCGCGCGCUCUCCACCAACUCGAAAACCCGGCUGCCUACCGCCCGGUACAGUUAGACCUCCGAGUGUCCAACCCCAGGUGUUGCAGGGACUAGCAAUGAAUCUGAGAACGAGGCCCAGGCCACAACCAGUUGAAGGUAAUUAAGGCCCUAUACAUCAUGCUACAUAUCUUACUUUCGCCGUCUGUGCUCUCUGCUGUCUGACUAGCUCUUGAGCACAUUCUCUUUCUCAGGCAGGCCAUCGCAAGCAAACACGGUCCGAGGCCCCACCUAACACAGUAUUCACAGGACGUGGUUUUGGGUCAGGGAUACCAUGCUGUUUGACGUAGAUAGUCUAGUGUCUUUGCGAUUUGUUGUGUACGCACAUAUGUCCGCUGAAAGGCAACAAAGCCUAUAUGCCCAUCUUUCGAGUUUGUCGCCUCUAAUGUGUUUCCCAUCUGCGUUAAUCAUAACGCCCAUCGGAUUCUGAGACCUAUUCAAAAACAAACGUUUGCUUGCACUAGCAAUAAGCCUAGCCGAUGGCCAAUAAAUUCGAGGAACGGGAGCAUGAUCGCCACCUGCCAUGAUUCUUUUUCCGGCCGGAUUGGUCAGCUAUUUGUAUUUGUAUUUGUCCACCACACUUUGUUCUUGGCAGCCGAUUCUUCUGCAUUCGCAAUCCGACCUUUUCAUGGUGUGCGGAGCUCUUAACUAUAGUGAUGAUGUUCGGCGUAGGAGCAUUCGUGUGGUUUUGGUACCAAGGCUGUUAGGGUGUUAAAGAAUUUUUCAUCCUAAAGAACGCUUACGCACGUCAUUAAUCCAAAGCCGGCAACUAGCAAUUACUGUUGGCAUGAUCCUUGUCCCUUUCACAAGUUCUCGGGACUUGGGCGGAAAAGCUUUCAAACUACUUUGUUAGUUCACCUAUUGUAAGUGAUCGACUUCUGCGCAUACCACAGUCUCCAUGCGCGGCUCCUAGACGAUUGAAAUUUCAUUAAACAUCUCCCCGAAGUUUGUCCUUGGGCACUAUUUCUAGUUCAGAUAAAAGACCCCAUCUUGAAUAAGACUCAGUCGGUCCAACGGUGAAGGUUAAAAGCGGAUCUGGCAUAUUUUCAUCUCUUAACAUAAAAACCAAGCUGUCAGUUGCAACAUUUGUCAUGUAUGAGUCGAUGUUUUUUUACAUGGAUUCCGUUCUCUUCGUUAAUUGUUCAAGAAUCGUAGGUGACCAAGUCCACCUUUACCCUCCGUGGUUGUUGAUUCACAGGUUUGAGUUCAGUUGUCGACCGUGUGCCCUGUAUGCGUCUUUACACAUCGGUUUUAUGUCCAGCUGUAGGGGUUGAUCCGUGGUUUUUUACCGGCGGAUGUCGCCGAGUGAACAAGAAAAACCAAUUGCCUCGUGUUCGAGUGUCAUUUCCUGUCAACGUCUGAUAUUAAUUACGUGACCGCUCGGCGACCUAGUAGGCGGCAGUUCACUCGCGACCCCAUCACCUGUGGACAGAGGCUGAUGAUCUGAGACGCCCAUUUAAAUGAAGUCGGGGACAUCCUUGUGCUAGACCCAGAAAUAUUAUCCGACUUAUCAGUAUGAUGCGACCGGGUCGCUAUUUUCACGUAACUCACUUCUCUUAGUUCCUAGUCCCUCCUCAGUAACCUGUCUUAAACCCUGGCACCAUUGCGAGUGAUAGGCCGUGCGGCACCGACCCACGCCGAAAUCAUUUGGAGCGAAUGCAACUGAUCCCAUCAACCUGGACCACAGGUCCUUAGGUUUCAAUAUCAACUGUUGCUAGGGGCUCCCGCAAGUGCCUGCUAAGCUGCAUUGGAGGGUUAUUGUUCCGAGCUCUGUUUUGCAUUUAAGACGAUGAGUGUUUUUUUCAUAGUUUGAUAAAACAACCCAGUUUUGGUUGUCAAAAUGGUAUUUCCAAAUGCACUCUAUGCUGCCGUUACCUCGUUUUGUCUAACCGUUCGUUACGAGAUUGGGGUUCGGGAGUUGCAUCCGGGAGCGGAUGGUCAAGACCAUCGAGUUCAGAAAUUACAGACACCCCCACUUGUGCCUGGUGCGUAUGUAAUUUGGGGAGCGGGUCAUCUUUAUCAGUCACUGCGCCCACGCCCAGCUCUAGCUGUCUUGGCCUUUUCGUGCCCUCGCAACACGGUGUGCAUGGGAAGACUGAAGUCAAAUAGAGUGCACUUCUGUUUCAGUACAAACAAUCUGGAGCGCAAGUCACCACUGUAUCCAUUUGAUCGUAGUGAGGGGCACGAUAGCUUGCGAUUGUCGUAUGAGUGUGUGUGUUGACAGUUUGUUCGGAUGUUGCGUCCGAAGAUAUGCAGAUUAACCCAACUUCGCUGACCUUACAUUUCAGCCAAGCCUGAGUCCGAGCCUGAAUGGAUAGCUGUCCGGAAGAAGAUAACUCAAAGCCGUCAAAUUUCGCAAUCGUUGAUAGCGGAAACUCCUUCAGAGACAGUUCAUGAGGAAGCCCCAACAGAAACGACAUCCCCAACGGCAACGACAUGGGAGCCCAAGCGAGAGUUGCCUCAGCUGAAACCAUCGUAAAAUCGUUAACAGCUCAUCGGUACCCUUCCGAACAAAUCUAUUAUACGACUGGUUAAUCGUUCCCUUACUGAACACGUUUACAUGCAACUUUGGUCGGAGCGCUUAAGAAUAUUUAAGGAAUUCAUUGAGGUAUUCGCCUUCACUGUUCUAAAAAAUGCUUUGACCCUUCUUGCUAUGUCGUUUGUUGUCUUCGAAGUAUAAACCACGUUCCUGCUGAUAUGUUGGCGUAAGACGAGCACUUGGUGACCUAGUUGAUCGUUGCUUCUCAGGCUGAUAAGCUAAACGUGUUCACGAGGUGUGACUUGGAAAUCGUAGAGUGGGCGUGAUGUUCCUCUAGCAUUACUUUGAAAUUCUAAUUUACAGUAACCAAUCAGUGUGGUUGUUUGGUGGGAGUACAUUCAAGGCCAAACAUUACGAAGUCUUGCGCCCGCAACAUGCAAAAGCCUGCUGCAAUCUGUAGAAAACGAUAUUUCUUCCGGAUCAUGCAUAUGUGAAAUCUAGUAAAUACACGACAAUCCUGCCGAAAAAAUCUAGGGGCUUGGUGAAAAGAAGGGAGCAAUUUAAGAAAGCUUCGUCGCUUGAAAUGAUAAAGGACUGGAUGCUGUUUGUAUUAACCGGGUAAAAAGCAGUUGAUAUUUUUGAGGACUCUUCAUUCCACAGUUUUAGAAUGACUUGCUCAGCUGCAAAGCCACCUUGGAACUGGAUGCGGACGGCUUCGAGUUGGAGUGGUUUCUUAAACUUGACAGAAAUCCACUGCGUUGAACCGGCAUCGGAAUUCCAGCAGGUUUCCGGAUUCUGAUCGAAGAGAUUGUUCUUUCCGUAUUGUUUCGUAUCACGAUUGAGCACCGAGCUUACGGCGACCUUUUCAAUAUACUCAGAUAGCCUUGUUGACGCCAUGCAAACACUGUAGAACCGAAAAAAACUCCCGAGGAAUACUGCAUUCUUCAUAGGACAUUCAUGAAUAUGACCACUAAUUAUCAAGAAAAUGAAUCUUGAAGAGAAUAACUGAACAAUUAAUAGGAAUCUCUACCCCACAAAUAGGCAUCAAGCUCUGUCCUAAACGAUAAAGUAGGCAUUAUACCUGCAUAAUGCGCCAGAGGAAGGUUAACCAAUGCCAGCAGUGCUCGAUUAACUGGCUAAAGAUAUAGGGAGGUUUGUGAGGACUGUUGUCGUCCCUGACCGACAAGUGCGUCCGGUUGAGAAAAAAACGACUUACAUGAGUGAAAAAUCGGUGAAGAUAAAUCGUAUCUGACCCUAGACAUCGAGGAGCUACGAACGAGUAAUCGGGGCUGAAGUCAGGUCAGCAGAAGCAAGUCAGUAAGCACCCCACAGUCAAGCCUGAACACAGUAAGGUAACGAGGGGCGUAUGAGCCAAGUAGAAGAGCUCAGGCAGCCUGAACUUUGUCAUGCUUAGUAGGUAAUAGCAUGUCCUUCUGGGAAUGGGGACCCAUUGAGGAAGAUGUGUUUGAAAGUAAGACUAAUGCGCAGCUGUGUGGUAGUCAGUAGUAAUACGACCAUCGAUAUGACAGACUGACCUCGAAAAACUCAUGAACGUUGACAGAAUUACAAGACUGUGAGUAACACCAACCAUGAAACAGGGUUAUCCAUGGCACUGCGACGCUAGAGAUUAUGGUUCUCGGCGAGGUCAAUCUUUGCCGCAGGCCCUGACGUAUCAUUUUCUUCCGAUACAAUAAGACAACCUACACCACCCGAAAGAAAAUUCACAUAUCGGUGCGUACGGAUGCCAAUUCGUCCAGGCCUUGCCAUUUGACUAGAAAUCGCGCUCUCAUAGACGUGUUGCAUUAUACCUUAACCUGUACACACACAAACACCUAUAUUCGAGACGUGCCCUACGGAAGUGGGGAUUCGAUGGAUCCAAUGAAUCUGCCGGUAGGUCUACAGCACCCACCAAAGAGUUAAUUAUACUAUCGCAAUAAUAAAAGCCCGCUAGUGUAAAGUAGCUUGUCAAUAGCUCGAAUAACUUAUGUGUCUCAAGCGCAUACCAAUUGGUAGAUAAAAUGGGAUCGUCCUAAUGACAUCGUACGAGCUUAUUGUUAGAUGUUACGGGCGCCGGCGCACAAUUAUCCGACACAAGCGAGUUCCAGGAACUAUUUGAUAAGAAGUAGAAGCGAUCGCUGGAACAAUUAUCCAUUUUCACGCGUCGAUUACGCGCGACGCCUCGAGUUGGUUCAGUUAUACAUCUUUCUGCACAGUCCUGUGAGGGGUGUCAGCCUUCACAUCCGGCAAUCUAUACUGUGAUCGACACUAAGUUUAAACGCACCUGCGCGCCGACGAUCCAUCGUCCAAAUCGAGACUUGAAGGGUAGAGUAGGCUGCGGAGGACCUGGAACCUGGAAGGGGACAGUCUCUUGUGGAGUUCUGGGCGUCAGACCGGAUAAUCAGUUGUCUACCCAUACACUAGCAAUACAAUCUGAGCAGCUAGCUCAUGGUUGUCCAUAUGCUAGUGCAAGGUUUUUACGCUCUGUGGCGUUGGGAAUCAUACUUACAGGCUUGUACGAUCUAAGGACGGCACAGGCCUGUUGAGGUUCGGUGGCUCGAUAGUCGGUCGUUUCCCCUUAUUCCUAGAAAGGAUUAUUUCCCCUGGGUUCGUUACGCAAAAAUUAUUGUAAUUGCCUCCGUAUGCAUGUCCGCUCAAUCCGAGCUGACUCGAAGUCAAAGCGCAGAGAGUUGAUACUUCAGGAGUGAUAUGUAGGUUUAUUCAAUAAAUGGAUGCAAAAUGUCAACUUGAAUAACUUAAAUGGAGGACAUAAAUAAAUGACUUGGUAGUACUGCCUAACAAGAUUGCUAGGUUCUGAUGGUCGGAAAUUGUACGCUGACGUCUGUAGAGGUCGGACAUCAGCAGAAAGCAUCUCUUUCGGAAGCAUUUACCAAAAUACGCAUUAGAGGUUUGGAAGGCGGAUCUGAAUAAUGGCCACCUAAAGUACGGCUUUGCUGGAUCUGAUCAAGAGGCACGUAAGUGAAGCUUUACCCUGGGAUGCGAAUGUUAAAACAUAGCAUUACUUGAUAAGGUGAGCGCCCAUCUGUCAUAAUAGCAUUACUUCUUUUGUAGUGAAAGAUGGCUGAUUAUCAAAAAUGUUUUCUAAGCAACAAAACUGUUAACUAGCGUAGGAAAAGGUGCAGAUGUUUGGUCAAAAAUGAGAAUAUCACGGUGGUGAAAGUGAAAAGAAGUCGUAUCGCAAUGUGCGUAACAGAGACCGCGUCUUAUAAAUGGUUUUUGCAAAGUGAAACCAAACAUGGCACUACGUUUCGCCCAGGUGUUUCCAUUUAUAAACUCCAACAGGUACUUUCGCUGCGGAGCCCCAGAGGACUCUUUAACAGUUGCAGCACCUUAGAAGGCACUGCACUUCUUACAACAUUAGGUGGCCGAAUAAACGCAUACACCGCUUUUCUGGGCUUACUCUGCUUUCAUUCAGCCAUUCAUAAUCCUAACCACCAGCUGGGACCGAUAACACAAACAUGCGCAUGAAAGCAGGGCAGACUGCCUACAGAUGGGGGCUAACAGAUGGGUAAUAAAUACUUCAUCGAACCGAAGUCUCAAUCCUAAGGGCAGAACGAAACUGGGGUAGGCGAAGCAGUGACGAAGUCCAAGGGCUCGCAUGCCUUCUAUUUUAAGCGCAAUUGAUUAGUGAUACGGCAAGUUUUUGAGGUAUGGAUCGCACGAUCGCGCCCCAGGCGUAGAUUAUUUUGCAAAAACAACCGGACAAGAAAGUCACUUCCUGACAAAAUGAGCCAGCUACUGAACUCCCAGCUGUUGGUAACGCCCAACAGCAUCCACGUGGCACUUUGCACCAGGCCAUGAGGCCGUUUAUCUCGGUUUGGCCCGACCCUUAUGACGGAGACAUGUGCUAGAAAGGUAUGAAAAAAACUAGGAACACAGAAUCCGAAAAGUCCAACAAGAAACAAGCCAACACAUACAACACUUUACAUCCUUGCAGACGGCUACCGGCAAAAGUAGUUCCAGUUCGCGAGAUUCUAGUCCCUUUGCAAAUCUAAAAUUUCAAUAUCGUGCCGUCGGCACUGUCCCUACGCUUCUGCAGUGAAAAUCGCAAAAUAAGAAAAAUCUACCUGCCCUAAUCUAGUCCAGCAACAAUACAUACGUCAGUCCAGUUGAUUAAGUCAGGGAUGGCUGCUUGUAGGCAGUAGGCAGGAACUCCUAUGACGUUAACUCGAGCUAAAAUGAUAUUAGGGGUGACGUAGAUGGGCUUCGCGUCAGAACUGAGGUAAGGGGGACAAGUGAGUUACGAAUUUUCUGAGCCGAUUAGAGCUCAUGAAUUGAACAACCUUGGCAUCGAUUUUCAAUCUACUGGGCUAAUAUUAGGGUCAUCAACGUGCACUUCGGGCACAUCGGUCAAAUCUCAAACUGCACACCUUCUUGAUCUAUCUGCGAUCCAUUUUUUAAUUACUGUGGUAAAUCUGACGUCCAAGUAACCAAAGUCCCACUUUCAAUGCAACUAAUCGGGGGUCAUGAGCAAAGCCUCCAUGACCACCGCGUUGAAUGAAGCGCUCGACUGUCACACCAAAAAGACAAUGAGUAAUUCCCAAUCAUAUUUCGGGAAACGACUAGUUUAAACAUGAGGUUAAUGUACAAUAGCAGGGCCAAGGCCGAGCAGUUGAUUUCAGUUUUAAUUACAAACAAGCAAGCCAAAUCCACAUAAACGGCUCCCGAACAACUACCCUGCAUACACCCAGACGAUAUACCGUGAGCCCCUUUAGAUUACAUUAUCAGCUCCUCCUUACGUUCUCUUACCUUUUCAACUGAAACCGUUAGAUUGAUAAACUUUCAUCUCUUCCUCAUUUCUCUAUCGUCGAUCGCGUGAGUACUGACGAGGGAACACGAUGCCGCCAAAGGAGACCCUAACACGCCCAUCUUAGAAAGAGACUACGCCGAUAAACCAGGCACAGGACCUGUCGAAGCAUCAGAUCACGACUACCUCGAUCAGACAUACUUGAAGAACAACAGACGGGAUGCUACAGGAUAUCAAACAUAUAGGACAUUGAAAUAAGUUCAGCCAUAAUUUAGGAGAUUAUGGGCUUAAACAUGACGUUAAUCUGUAAUAAUAAGGUUUACUUUUAAAAGUGAUACAAACUAGGUAAUAGUUAAUGGACAAUCAGAUAAUCCGACACCUUUCAAAUUCAUUCUAAACCCGGUCGCAUCCAAUAAUAUCUCACUUUUGCGUCGUCUAAUUAAGGGAAAGCUUAGUGUAUAACUUUGAACUCCCUUUUGUGCGGCACCGAACGGGAACCCCGCUUCUAAUCAUCCCCGCACUGACCUAAGGCGCCCCGAUCAUGUGCGAUCCCUCGCCUUCGCCUCGUACAGCACCAUUAGGCAUUGUACAUAAUCAUCACUGACGGCGUAACUUUAUUUCUGUGCAUGGGUUUUUUGUCUUCUAUGUAUGUGCAUAGGUUCAUUUUACGAGAGUGGCUCAACAACUGACAUUGGUGAUCCAUUGGGCGCGUUCGUUAGCGUCCACGAGCGUCCAUUGAACUCGGCUUUCUUAUGACAGGACCUCUUAGGAAUCGUUAUUUAUGUUUGUUUAAGCUGGAGCAGUCCAAAUGGACUACGAUUUGAAAGAAUGCCAUAGAUCUUUUCAUUCUUUUUAAUAAUUUUCACUGGACACCAACUCAGAAUUUUUCCCCAAGCACUGUGUGUCUUAGAUCAAUUCACUUUAUUUGUGCACAUUUGAACUCCCAUUGCGUUACAACAAACCAAGUGAUAUCAAAACCCAGGAAAAAAACAUGAAACAGUGUAAAAGAAGCCAUGGACUCGAACUAUUCCGAAUGUCCGUAGUGUCGACACGUGUUAAUGCACUGGUGUACGCAGCUGCCCAGAUAGUUGUAGUUUUUGAUUUCUCGUCACGUGAAAAUGUAUGUUCCCGUGGUUUUGCGCACUGGGGUGGAUGCGGCAAGUCGACUUCGUAAAUAAACAUUAGUGGAUCAUGUGCAGUAAGGUGAAAAGUACCAAAAAAUUAUUUAGACCGAAAGUCAAAACAGCGCCGACAUGAAGUUAGGUCCAUGUAUUAAAUCGCUGGCGAUAUUAUAGAAAGAAACGCUAUAUUAAUCCAGCUUCCUCUUCAAGACAUCUACAUAUUCAGAGAUAACAACAGCCCCACACAGAGUACUUCAUGAUUCAGCCGAUGUGUUGCUGGAGGGGAGUUUCCAGCUCACAUUAGUACCAGCCAUAUGGUGUAUGAGUGGGUGCCCUCGCAAGCUCGCCAGGGCCACGAAGUAGGCGGCAGCGGUUUCGGCCACACAUUUUGUGGGAUGUUUGCACCCAUUCCCGCAAAGUUGUUUGAAACUCGUAAAAUAACGCCGAAAUAAUGUUGAUAUUAGCACUCUCCCUAUUACCUGGAUGUCUCCGCAUUUACGGGGAUCUUCUGCUUUGCAUCUGUUAUUCCUUUGCCGCAAGGAAGGACAAUGAUUGGUUGUAUCUACAAUCCCCCAAACUCAUCAGCCAGUGAUGAUUCACAAGUCUGUUAAAUCUUUAAAUUAAUUUCGGACGCUGCUUUCUAUGUUAAAAUAAUCACUUGGGAUUUUAACCUUCCUGAAAUAGACUGGGUUUCCAAAAUCUGUCCACCUAGAUUCCAGCACUUCCAAGAUGUUUUCCAUUUUUCUAUCUGGUCCCAACAAGUGUGCUCUCAAACAAGAAAUAAUCACAUUUUAGAUCUAAUUUUUACCAAUGACAUUGCUCCGUUUUUUUGCUGCUUUCAAAAAGGGCCUCUUUGAUAGUGACCACGUAUUAAUUCAUUGUUGCUUACCGCUUGCCUUUUCAAAAAAGACCAGCGCCGUUCGGACUUUCAUGAACUAGGACUGCGUAGAUAACGACUUAAUAAAUAACUAUAUUAGAUCUUUGAAUUUGUGUGACUUCCUCUCCUGUAGCGAUGCAACCAUUCUUCGUGAUGUCAUGUCCAAUGUUUCCAAGGACAUCCUAGAGUGUGUCGCGUAGAUAUCUCAAGCCUUAGUAUUCAGAUUCCCUUGUUCCUAAUUUUCUUCACAACAGACUAAAAACGUUGAGACGGCAGCUGCGUGACCUAUCCACUAGUUCCUUAUUAGUUCAUCUUAGAAUCACAGAGAUUUUUGAAAUGGCCUCAAGGAUGCGCCAAGCGCGCAUCAAGCAAGGAGAAUCACUUGCCCUCAGUGACUCGAACUCUCGCUUAUCCGUCGCUAGCAUCUUCCGUCGUAGGUCCUGCUCUAAGCGUGGUCACGAACUUCCACCCCUGCUAAAUGAUAACAAAGUCUUACUCACCGAUGAUACUGACAAGGCGGAGUUGUUUAGUGCUUUCUUUGCAAAACACCUUGCUACCGAGUCCGAUCCGCUCCCUUUCUUUCGAUCACUUUCAGAUAGGACACUUAGUACAAUUUAUGUCUCCUCAGAUCUCAUUUAGAAACACGUAAGCCGUUUGAAAUACUAACACUGCUCAUGAACGGACGGGAUUCCGAAUUCGAUUAUUAAACAAGCGUCCGACCUUCCCAUAUUGCUCAGUCAUUUAUUCUCGAUUUAUAUUUCAAAAGGAUUCCUUCCUGAAACAUGGAAAACGUCGCUUAUCAUUCCCGUCUUCAAGUCAGGAUCUCGGUCAAAUGUUAAAAACUAUCGGGGCGUGCACAAAACGCCGUCUCUAGCAGAACUUCUUGAAAGGAUAAUAUUCAAUGAAAUCCUUGACUUCUGUCUAGCUAAUCGGCUUCUGAGCUCUAGUCAGCAUGGAUUUUUACCUGAACGAUCAUGCGAAACGUGCCACUUGGCAUUUCUUAAUCUAAUCACUUUUCUUCGUAAUGAGCAGUAGGCAGUGGUAGUUAUCUACUUUGAUCUUAGAAAGGCCUUCGAAAAGUUGCCACAUAGACGCCUUUUAGUAAAAUUGAAAGCUCUCGGCAUUUGACCGCCUCUACUCGACAUCAUCAGGUCCUAUCUGUCCAACUGCUAUCAGAAAGUCAUGGUCGGUAAUAGCUACUGGACACCUCACUCGAUCACCAGACCGACUGAGCACAACGGAAGUAAUCUGCGCUCCAACUGGGACUAUUUCGACUUGGUUACCGCUUCACAGUUACCGUCUCUGACACUGAUACUGGAACCGUACGUAUAGAAUUGGUUUGUACAUUGUUGGAAUAUUUUUUUUCGCGGGUCGAAAUUCGCCAGGAAACUGGAUUAGGUGCAAUUUUUCAUCAGCACGGUCCAUCUGACUACGCAAUCGAAUCGCGGCUAUACGGCCUAGAAAAUCAUUCGCUCAAAAGCGUCUAAGGUCUGCAUUUAUUCAAAUCCCACGAUAUCUGCAAAGCGCUAAGUCGCUUCUGAUUACAUUUCACAAAAUUUAUCAGAUUUUAAGUAUUUUUUCGCUUAUUGAGUUUUGAAUACUCACAUUAAUCAGUCAUAUACAAUCCGACGUAUUCGUUAUAACAUCGAAAGCCAAAUUAUACCUAUUAUAUCAUGUCGAAGUUUAUGGAGUCUCAGCAAUCUAACUGUAAUAGUGCAGCCAGCGACGGCACCUCGCUGGAAGAUAAGUCUGGUUAGAUGUCCUUCUCAUCCAGAACCUGUGCUCGCUCUGCCUGCGCUUCCAGCCAACGACCAGCAAAGCGUGCAAAAAGCGUUAUUACCGCAAAAAGUGUGAGGUACGAAGACGAGCCUUGUGUUGGGUGCGCAUAUAUCCAAAUCAAAGUAGAACAACUCGACAAGGAGCUUGUUGAUUUAAGGACGCUCGUGAAACGGACUCUAGAUGACCAGAACGUCUCCAGUGUUAGAGUCCCAAAAACGAAGGGGGAAACGCAAAAAACGCGAAAAAUAUCUCGCCGGGGCAUCUUCAAACACGACUUGCAACUCAGUAGACAAAACCGCAGCCGCCGGUAGCAGCAGGACAACGUAAACGAAGCCGCCGAUAAGGACAGACUCGAUUCCCACGCAAGAUGUCUUAAACGAUGUUACAAAAAAUUACCUGGCGCGGAAGCCAUCUCGCCUAAGCCUCUUGAUGUAAGUGACGGGAUUUCUCUUUUGCCUAGGGAUGAUAUACCUGGGUCACCCCGUCUACUGUUGCCCUCUUGUUCUCGCAACCACCCCGAGCGCACUACAGAGCGCGUAUUUGAAUGCAAAGACAUGAACCCGUGGGUAGAGGGGAGAGGGAAACGCCAUGACAGGAGUCUGAAGUCACAACCUGCCCUGAUGGGAUGCUCGGGACAGUCGGUAGACAGCAAAAGUGUGCGUCCAAGCGACGACUCCGUAAAUCAUCCUCGCCCGCAUGCAGCGAAUUCACCGGAAAGGCAAAGUAAGGAGGACCAUGCUCGCCAGCACUGUCUGGUUAUUCAGGGUUUGUCGGAAUCGAAUGCAGUAAGACCUGAAGACCGUGUCUCAAAGGACCUUGUUUCUUUUCAUGAUCUACUUAAUCAGUUAUUCCCGGCAGACAUGGAAAUAAAGGUUUUGAUCGCAUUCCGGAUAGGAAAAAGAAUGAAGACAGGAUAGCAGCACUACCACCUCUCCCUCUCAAAAUUACGUUGGAGAACAAAGAGCAAAUCAACUUGAUCCUUUCCAACAAGACCGACCUCAGAAACACACACAAACAGGUUUCUUUCAAUCGGACUACUCACCAGUGGCACGGCUUAAACGCCGGGAACUCGUCUUGGGGUUAAAUUCAAAACUAAAGGUGGCGAACACAAUCUGGCUAUCUUCAAGGGGAAGGUAGUUCGGAAAUUUAUGCUGUUUCAGUGGAACCAGCCAGUAACACAAAGAACGACGGCACCUACUCAGCUGAAACAGGGCAAUUCGUGGAAGCACCUGCUUAAGGCGACAACUUGAGUAAAUCCGUAACGUCUAGUGAUCUGACUGAAGCAACGGAUAUUCAUUGAACCCAUCAGGUAACGGAAGAGCCCAGAGAAAAUGGCAUCCGAGAUAACGGAGUAAUGGUCAAAACAGUGACAAAUUCAACGGGAAAUUCAGCUGGUGCAAAACUGAGGUACUUGUACACAAAUGCCCAAAGCCUCAUAUAGAAACUAUACGAGCUAAAACUUUACCUUUCCGAGCUGUCUCCAGAUGUUUUAGCAGUAACCGAGACCUGGCUGUCCGGGAAUUUUAGCGAUAGCGAAGUAGCCUUGCCUGGAUACCAAAUUUAUCGGAGGGACAGGGAACAUCGUCAGGGUGGUAGUAUGGUUGUGAAUGUGAAUCAUGGCCUGUCAGUGUCGGAAAACACCACCAAGUUUGCGUGCGGCACGGAAGCUAUUUGGUUGACCAUCAUGGCUACCGAUUCCCCGUGUCUCGAUAUCCUCACUGUCUACCGACCACCUAAGACAGACCAAAUCGCCGACACUCAACUAUUGGAGCAGUUGGAGAAAUUAUCCAGUCGACCUAACAUCAUGAUCAUGGGCGACUUCAACGCAUCAGGAACAAACUGGAACACUCUCCAUGCGUCAGGUCAAAAAUCGGCAUUGGAUUACCGUCUGCUGAACAAAAAUUAA